GGGCCAGGUCAUUCUAACCGAACAAGAAGAAGAAGAAGCCAAGAGGCGUAAAGAAUACGCAAAAUCAUGAAUCUUUGAGGAUUCAUAGAACUUCGAGGAUUUAUGGAUCUUCAAGGAUUCAUGAAUCUGUUGGGAUUCGACUCAUGACUUGAACGAUUCUUCACUGAAGAUUCAUAUGAAUGACUCUAUUCAGAACAUUCAUUAAGCGCAACACUACGAAUUUGAUAAUACUAAUAUCGCUGCCUAUGCUAAUUUCUUCAAUUACAUUGAUUAUUGUGCGGAUUUCAUACCCCUGUGUUUCGUUUUCGCGAGAUCAUAGGGUAAUAGCAUACGUGGAAAGUUUGUGAUUUUCACCAAUCACGGUCGUAGUCGGAAGUAAUCUUUAUGCGAAUUUGAUAACACUAAUAUCGCUGAUUAGUGUUUAAAGAAUGAUGUGUUUUUUUUUCAAAGAAAUAUCAGGUAAGUUGUUUUCAUUGUUUUAAAAAUUACAAUUAAAAAAUAUUUUUUUGUGAGAAUGUAACGGAAAUGAUCUUCAGUGGAGACGCCCAGUGUUUGUCUAGGGUUGUAUUCAUCAUAAAAAUGAAGCGAAUGACAAAGCUUUUCAUUCUUUUUUUUUAGCUCUGUAUCAUUUGUAGUUGUUGUACCUAAUGGAAAACAUUAUUUAUAAUAACAAGUUGAGUUAUUAUAAACAUAUUAUAUUAUACGUAAAUAUAAUACUUUCAACGUCCUUUUCCUUAACUUAAUAUUCCAUCAAUUCAGAUUCCAACAACUUUUUUUUCGAACUUUUUGAAUCCUAGUAGAGACCUAUAAUUGUAGAAUUAUUCAUAAAUUUAUCGAAAUUUUAAAUUUGUCCUCCGAGAUUAAGAUCCAUCUUCGGUUUGAGUGCACCUUAAGCGAUGCAAUAUGCGUUUUAAAUUCAGUAAACGUUACACAACUUGAAGUUUGCAUUAUGCGCGGCAAAUCAUGUAGAAUACAGUUACUCAAAUAUGCCGAACACUUUACACAGUUCUUCUGCAUACUUGGCUUACUGUCUUAGAUUGUAUCUUUUGUACCAAAAUAAUGGAAUAUGAGGAAGAAACAUAAGCUAGCGAUGUUGUUUACAUGCUGCACAAGCUUGCGUAUGUUUUAUUUCAAGAAUCCAUAAUUACAAUUUUGACAUUUUUUAUGGGUGAAUCUGUGCUUUUUUUCGUUUUCAAAGCUAAAAACCAUUGUUAUACGGACCUACCCUGAUAAACGGAGCCACCCCGAUUCUAGUCAGGUGCAGCAUUAAUUAACUAACUCGUGUAUUUGUAAAGCCUUCGAGCGUUAUCAGACGACACGACGGUACAGGCAACUUUCUCGUUUCAACGAAGGAAGCACAGAAUGUGUGCGUAUGUCUGUGUAUUUGCGAGUGUGUGUGUGUGUAUGUAAAAGAGAGAGAGAUAGAGAGAUAGAUAAAGAGAUCGGGUUUAAUUAACAUCGCGAAACUGAACACGCUGAAGAAAUAGACCUGCACCGUACCGGCAAUGUUAAGGGUUAGUCGGACGUCAACAUGAAUGCGUGAUUUUUUUCAGAGUAACUUUGCCAAUUUAACACCAUAUCUCGCAACGGGGUUUCGAUUUUGGGUUUUUUUUAGAACCAUAUUGCGUACGACAUCGACGAAGAAAGAACCAGAGGCGUUCGAUAUCGUGAUGACCGCGGACAAGAUGAAUUAUGUGAAAAUGAAUGUAUGGGUUUGCAUGAGUUUGGCGGCACACAAAAAAGCUCCAGAACUGGCACAGUCGUGUUAUGAAUGGGAAUGUCCGCCUCGUUUAAUUAUGAUUCCAUUUUGAACUGCUUGAAAGAGGAUACUAAUUUCGUGUUAUCACUGACAUAGCAGACACACAAAGGAAAAAAAGCUUAAUUGCAAAGGCGUGUUUUGACAUUUUAGUGUGUUACGUAUACCAAAAGGAAGCUUCAAAUUUGUAUUGUAAAUAAUGUUCGAAGUGUGUCAACAUGUUUAUUUGGAAUCUUACCUGUAGAAGAAAUAUCUACAAUCAAGCAACCAUUAAUACUAGGUGUUACAUUUCAAUACGUUUCCUGAUGCCGUUUUGCAAGCAAAAACAUUACUCGCGUAAAGUAUAUUUUUUCUGAAAAAUAUACGCAGAAUACAUUCCACAGUAAUGCAUUACAACCAGAAUAGCAAAAGUUAGAACAUUUUUUUCCUUUCGGCUUAAUCCUAUGAAACAUUGCUACGUUCCGAUUUCGACCAUAAUGGCGAUGGUUUUCCCGUUUAAAUAAUAUAUUCCAACCUGAUGGUAUGCCGUUUUUUGUGGAAAAUAUUACAAAAUAGAACCAUGAAAUGGGAACGAAAAAAAAGAAACAAAAUACUACCUAAACAAGGAGCCAUUUAUAAAAUUAAACAUUUUGUCACAUUUUUCCCCAAACCAUACUGACAUGCGAAUCAGAGGGAAGAGGAUGCGAGCAAGAAUAUGUAAGCUGUGCCUCUUCCAAUUUUUUUUUUCUAUCCAUGUCACCGAAAUUUACUUUUUAGCCACUCUCGCUCUCUUCCCAUAAUUGGUAGAGAUUAAUCAUAGUCUUUUUCACUUAUUUUUUGCUUCCUCUUGCCGGUUUGGUGCGUCAGUCAGGGCGUUGGACGUGCGUGUAUGUGCUUUUUUUUUGUUCCAUCAGAUGAUUUUGCAACAGCCUGAUGGACGAUAGAACGAACGGUACGGCCCAUCACUCAUGUCAUAAUGGAACAGCAGCAUCUCAUCCUGUUUUGUGUGUGUUUUUUUUUUAUUUUUUGACCCUAUCCGAAACGAUGCGUGUGAUAGAAAAAAAGGAGUAAAAAAUUGUAAUGGAGAAAGGGGGUGCUAGAAGUGGUGUAUAUGGUGAUAAAAAAUUGUUAGAAGCUGUAAAAAAAAUGCAUUGCAUUAGGAUUUACUAUUAACCCUUCGGUGUGGUAUUGUGUGGUGUAGGAUUAGAAAUUUAAUUGGUGCCGUGACUGGGAAACCGUAUGCAAUGAGAUGAUUUGUAAUUGCAUUUCUUCGAGUUGUAGCUUUAUUAGUACAUUCUUCACAGUAUUAGGAAAUAGUACUAGCGAGUUCUUACUAGCUAAUCAUAUGUAUCGUCUCUUGCACGACAUUUUGUAUCUUGGAGAUUGUUAUGUUAUCACUAAAGGGUUAUACACAAUGCUCAACACAACCGAACGUAGUGAAAAAUCAAAGCUUGAGGUAACCGUUGUAGGCAUGAUGAACUAGCCACCUGAUGAUGAUAGAAAUCUUGUUAGCGUUGACGAACUACUAUACCAUUCGGUUGCAUCAACACUAAGCAGAAUGACAGCAAAAGCAAGUAAAAGAAUGAGACACUGCAUAAAAAUGAACGAAAUAAAACAAACCAACCACAAAAAAUGCUACAAAAUCCAGGCUUCCGAUGGCGAAUAGAUUCCGAUACGCUUCGUGGACGUUACCUUCCCGUUUUCCAAGAAGACUUGUAUGAAUAAUGGAUUAUGUGAGAACAAAAAUUUGGCGAACCGUGCAUCAAAAGCGACCAGGUGAGGUGGCAGAAAAGGCAUAAAAAAACUUCGACACAUACCGUUGCCCAUUCGUUUCAAUUACAGUGACGGUCUGAUGGAUGGUGAACGUGUAUGUGCGUAUUUGUGUGUAGGUUUAUGGUCGAAGGAUGUCAUCACAUGGGAUGGGAAGCGUUGAGGUGAAGCUUUGAAGUCGUAAUGGUUUCUGGCAGGCUCAGGAUCAAUUAGAAGAAACAUUUUCAUUUCGGUAGUGAUGGGGAUUAUGGGUAUAGCUUUUGAGCGUACGAAUGCAUCGUACAGAGUAGCUAGCAAAAUUGAGUUCCAUUUGUGCAAGCAUAACUACAUGUUUGACUGAAGACAUUACAAUUAGUCACGAUAUGUCAAACAGGUAAAUUUAGAUAAUAGGAAAGUAUAGUAAUAUGAUACUUAAGUGAUUUUCUGAAAUAACGUUUAGACCAUCUAGAGCUGAGUUAUAGAUUCCUGGAUGAAACGUGAACUCUCGAAGAAUACACAUUAAGUGCCUGGCUAAAGUUGUACCGUAGCAAGUACUGACUAUCCGGCUUUGUGGUAAAAUUAAGUCUAGUAAGACAGAAAUAGUUGGCAUGACCUCAAGGUCGUUAAGCCAAGAAGAAGAAGGAAAAGCGAUGAUGGAUCUAACUGUAGGCGAAGUAUGGCGCCGCCAACCGACCCGCCGGUCAGGGGUUCCUCGAAGAACGGAAAUGGGAAUGAAUGUUGGCAGACGAAAGCCUUUGUCCUAGCAACGGUACAUUCCGCAACACGCAGGUAUGAAACAGGCGCCCCUUUUCUAAGUAAUUCAUUGCCACAUGAUCGAAUCCAUGCCCCGUUAAAGCGUUUUCCUGCUAAUCACAACAAUAGUGUUUUAUGUUAGUAAAAAGACUGGUUAAAUGUAAGAACGGACGAAGAGAAGCGAAGAGUUGUAGUAGAAUUGUUUUUAAAGAAGAUUUUUUCAUUCGUCCCCUUGCAGGAGCGAAUAGUGUGCGAAAAAAAUGAGAGAAUUUGUAAGCCAGCCGCUUCGUCAAUUAUAGUUGUGUAGGUGUGUCGUGAUAACGAAGCAGAAGAGAUAAUGAUAAUGAGCAAAAGAGAAAUAGUGAUCAGUGGCGAUCUGUACGGUUACGAAGCUUUUUUCAUUCGUCUCUCAAACAGGAGCGAAGUGUGUGCGAAAGGUAAGAUCGGGCGGCCGCUUCGCCAAUUGUAGUUGUAGGUGUGUAAUGAUAACGAAGCAGAAGCGAUAGUGACAAUGAGCAAAGGAGAGAUUGUGAUCAGUCGCGAUCGGACAGCGUCGGUUUAAGUAACGAAGAAAGGUUUCGGUAAUGAGCGGAAAGCGACGCCAUUGCUUUCUACACAGCACAUUUUUCAAAAUUCGUUUUUUGAUGCCAAAAAGUGCUGUAUUUUCUUAAACAAUGUUAUUUAAGUUGUAUUUAAGUAUUAAAGUAGUGUUUAAUACAACAAUUUGUGCAUGGAUGCGCUGUGAAAUAGUGAAAAACGUGGAUUUGAACAUGUACAAAUUGUACAAAGCGUUGGCUUGGGUUGUGUCAACGUAUGCGUUGACAUACAUAUCGAGCGCAUUUACAUUUACAUGUACAUGUUUGAAAGUUCUAGUGAUGAUUCUGGUGAGCGCAGUUUGCUUUACGCUAACGCCAAAGUGGACGAGUAAAUGUACAAUCAGUGCAUGUACCAUGCGUGUUUGGCCGUAGGCCGUACCAUGCGUAGGCGAGCGUGUGUGUUGAAGUAUGUGUGUGCCUUUGUGCAGGACAAAAUAAAGGUAAUAUGUUUUUGGUGAAAAAAGUUGUGUGCGUUUUGUAAUGAGCUUAUUGCGUGGAAUCAAAAAAAAAUGUGGUCAUUGUAGGCGAGUGUGUUUUUUUAAUGUGACAUAGCUCAUUGAAGUGUGUUUAUGUGUCUAUGCAUGAAAAAAUGAAGUGCGUGUGUGAAAUAAAGAAAAUAGAAUAAAAAAAAGAAUGAAAAGAAAAUAAAAAGAAAAGUGUGUUAUUUUUUGUUUGUGUGUUUUAAAAGUUUGUGUGUAUUUAUGCAUGAAAAAUGAAGUGCGUAUGUAAAAAAAAUAAAAUAGAAUAAAAAAAAAGAAAAGAUAAGAAAAUUAAAAGAAAAGUGUGUAAUUGAAGUGUGUUUGUGUGUCUUUGUGUAUGAAAAAAUGAAGUGCGUAUGUGAAAAAAGAAAAAAGAAUAAAAAUAAAGAAAAGAAAAUAAAAUAAAAAGAAAAGUGUGUGGUUGAAGUGUGUUUGUGUGUAUUUAUGCAUGAAAAAAAUUAAGUGCGUAUGUGAAAAAAAUAAAAUAGAAUAAAAAAAAAGAAAAGAAAAGAAAAUUAAAAGAAAAGUGUGUAAUUGAAGUGUGUUUGUGUGUUUUUAUGCAUGAAGAAAAUGAAGUGCGUAUGUGAAAAAAAGAAAAUAGAAUAAAAAAAAAGAAAAGAAAAGAAAAUUAAAAGAAAAGUGUGUGUGGCAAAGGGAUCGCGAAGAAGCAGUUUUGGCUCCCGAAGUAAAUGCUUUAUGAAACUAAAGCGUCCUGCGUACCAACAAUUUUCUCGGCAUACUUACGGUCCGGACAUGCAAAAAAACACGAUUUCACCGGAAAAGCUCCAAGGAACGAUACAAACCGAGAGAAAUGUUGAAAUAGAUUAAAGAAGAGAGAGUUUUAUCCGUCAAAAGAAUACAGGAGUAAUGAUGGUUUAAUAGUGUGAUCUGCCUACUGGACAGCAACAACUGCAACUCCAACAAAAUAAACCCUCUCAUCUGGGAAAGGCGUUUCCGCGGGUUUACAAUUUUCCCACCCACAGGGUUAAUACACCCUAAUAAUACACACGCGCACUCACACCCACAACCACCGAGGGGCGUGGCUUUCCGGUACCAUUUUGUGUAUUGGUUUAGCUCUACAGCACGGUAUGUCCAUCCUACUGCGCAAACCCCUGUGCCGCAACAAAUGUGAUUUCGAACCUUGCCAGCUAGCUCCUGAUUUUCCCCGUUGAUGCCAGAUGGCCGCACCGAAGCUGGCGAAACCCUCAGUCAACAUUUGCCAUCGUUACCAGACGGUUCGUUCUGUUUCCCGUACGUGAUUCUUCGCAGUGUAUACACGGUACACAACGGGAGCUGUGGCAUCUUACCGCGUGCAGAGCGUUUUGUUUUCGCUCGACACCCAUUACACACAAGCAAUCAAAAUCUGACCGUGCAGCUACGAAAGUGUAACAACGCUCAACUCAUUUAUCAACAAGCACGGCAAACACCCCUGGUUGGCGAAGAGGAUUACAAUUGUGACAUAUUUCGUGAUGAUCACAAAGGUCCUUCACGAUGCGAGAAAUGUAUGUGUGUGUGCGUGUGUGACUAUGUGUUUAUUAUUGGUUGAAUGAUGUUUCAGCAGAGAUGUUAAAAUAGAAAUAAACUAAAUGUGUGACAUGCAAAGCGGGUGAAUGAGCAGCGAUACUCCCUUUUUUUCAAAUAAAAGAACUGAGUGCGUAACGAUCGAGUAGUGAAAGAGUGGAGAUGUUCGGAGAGUGGAGCUCAAAUGUAUGCAAUUUGUACAGCAUCAUGAUUGAACAGUUAACAGGAAAAUGACGCGAAUCGAAUGUUUUGAUUGGAAUAUUUGUGGAAGGCAUCCAUAGUGGUGUAUCUUCAUUCUCAACCUUCGCAAACCAUCCCACCCUGCGUUUGAAUAGAAAGAAAAAAUCAAAGAGCAACCAAAACGGUAAUUAAACCUAAUUCCAGGCUACAUUCUCCUGGUGCGUUUACUUUUACGUUAGUGUACGUUUGUGUAUGUGUGUGUAUGUAAAAGAAUAAGAUUUGGACAGGUUGUGAACUAUGGUAAUGAUGCAAUCGCCAAUGUCUGAUUGCGGGCAUCCGGAAAGCCCUUCGCUCUCGCAGCCCAAUUCGCCGCCCGCUUCAACCGAGCUGACCACACACUCACCAAAGACAAACCUGCUAAAAGGAGGCAGUGGUAGCACCAAUACGAGUGGUGGAAAUAUUAACAUCACCACCACCACAACGAUCCCGGUCGUUAACACGAACGGCACGGAAUCCGAGCCGGACAGCGCGAGUACGCUGCUACUACGUUUUGGUGAGGAACGUCGGCUAGCGUUAACGCCUUCGGGACAGCUGCAAGAGGCGGCCAGCAAGUGUGGCACUUUCCUCGAUCUGCGCGCCAACAACCUAAGCACCAGCAGUAACAGUAACAGCAACAGCAGCACCAGCAGUGAACCGCUGGAUGACCGUGAUCACGAUCAAGCCGAGGGUGAAAUGUUUGCCGAACAGGCGGACGCCAAGCAUGUCGAUUACACGCCGGCAGCAGAACAGCAGCAACCGCAGCCGCCACCGGACCGCGUGGUAAAGUUUUCGAUCGAGCGGCUCAAACAUUUGGCGGAUGGACACGCACUUGCGGUCCGGCACCAUCCACUCCAUCACCAUCAGUCGGCGGCUGAGCAGCUGGUAUUGGCUGCUACCGGUGGCCAUUUUCCACCCGUUGCUCACCCAUCGAUGGGCGGCUCGGUGGUGUCUGUGAUACCGUCCGGCUCGGUGCUACCACCCCUACACCCAGCCGUCCUACAUCCGGUCCAUGGUACGCCUCACCCGCCCCAUCAUACGCCGGUAGCGGCUGGGGUGGCACCGUUGCAGCCGUCCUCGUGUUUCCCGCACGCAUCCGCAUCCGCACCGACACACCAACCCCAUCAACACAGCCACCAUCAACGCCAUCAUCAGGCGGCCGUGGCGGCGGCGGCUGCAGCGGCUGCAGCAGCAGCAGCGGCAGCCGUCGUCGCAUCCGGCUCUAACCCGACGCAAUCCCAACCUCAACAUCCGCACGCGCAACAGCAGCCAUCACCGCAUGAUCCCACACCAACCCCGAACCAGCCCGCGACGGGUCUGCAUCCUGGUCAUCCAUUCGCUAUCAAAUAUCCUGCAGGCAGCGCAUCCCCCACCGAUCUUGAGAUCGAGCGGUUUAAGAUAGCACGCACCGCGAUCAACAGCACGGCCGCAUUUGCUGCAGCUGCCGCCGCAAAAGAGCUGUCCGAUAUUGGAUUCAGGAUACAACUGCAGGACGGUGGCCAGCAUCACAGUGGGUACGCGAGAAGUGACACUAGCGAGGAGCUCAUCGUAGACGGCAAUGAAGAAAGUUCGCAGGAUGGCAUCUCGGGUUGUCCGGUCGAUUUGACGCGCUCGAUGGACAACGGAAGUGACACGAAAGCGCAUGCUAUCCGCGACACGGAUAAGGAGGCCGCCUCGAAACGGUUGGCCUUCUCGGUAGAGAACAUACUCGAUCCGAACAAAUUUAACGGCAAACAUAGUGUUGCCACUUCCGGUGCCACACCCAUUACCGCCGGUGGUAUCUUUGGCUCCAAACUAAACGGAGGUGGCAAAUUGGUGACCGCGCUCGGAACCGUUGUCAACAGUGCCGGUACCAACUACUCUACCAACAACAACAACUGUAUGGUUAACAACAACAAUAAUAACAACAAUAAUAACAACAACAUCAACAACAAUCCAAAGUUAUGGAACCAGGGAGGGCUGGAGCGAGACGAUAAGUUGGACGACGAUCAUAGCGAUUCGCGCUCCGUUAAGGAUGUAAAUGAUAUCGAUCAGGAUGACAUGUGCGAUGACACGAUGGGCAGCGAUAUGGAUGAUCACGCCAGCGAAACCGAUUCCAAGAAGGAUGAUUCGAACAAUCGUAGCGGAGAUGGAAAGUCCCAGGGUAACAGCUCCAAACCAAGACGUGCUAGGACGGCGUUUACGUACGAGCAGCUGGUUUCGUUGGAGAACAAGUUUAAAACCACGCGCUACCUGUCCGUGUGUGAACGACUCAAUCUCGCUCUCAGUUUAAGUCUUACUGAAACACAGGUCAAGAUCUGGUUCCAGAACCGUCGGACAAAAUGGAAAAAACAAAAUCCUGGAAUGGACGUUAAUAGUCCGACCGUUCCACCACCGAACAGUGGUGGCUCCUUCGGCCCAGGUUCGUACGCCAGCAGCUUGCUGUAUCCACACGCUAUGCCCUACCCUCCGUACGGACCUUACUUUCAUCCACUCGGCGGUCAUCAUCUCGGUCACUCACACUCGUAAUUUGCUGAUCCCGUUCCCUCCACCUACCCUGGUUGUGCAAUAAUGAUACUGUUUACUUACAUCGAAAGUUAAAACAAAUCACAUUUUCAACACUUGGGAAUGGGAAGCGAAUUCACAAAAAAGCAAGAUAAAGAAGAAAAGAAAGAGAGAAAGAGAGAAAGAAAGAGAAGAUCGAAACAAAUCAAAAUUUUUAGUACUUAAGAAUUAUUCAUAAUCAGUGAAAGAAACAGUCCUCACCUCUCCACGUAAAUCUUAGACUUUCCGGCAUUAGCGUCCAUUCGAUCGUUUGCGCUCCGCGUAGUAAUCACAGUCUUCGAGUUAAGUUGACAAACGAGGUUCUAGUAUAAAAAAUACAGCUCCGCUGACUAUGUACUCGAUCACAGGCAAACACGCACAACACACAUACAAUACAACACACCUAAUAAGGUGAAAUGUAAUGCCGCUGUACAGGUUAGGUUAAGGGCUUCAGAUGAUCGAUGCGAGUAUAAGCGAGCUAUUUUGUUUUUAAUACUAUAUAUACUUUUACAUAAGUACAAUGUACAUUUCAUCUGUAAAAAAAAAACAAACAAACAAACAAACGCAACAACAACACAACAUGUCUAUCAUGUCAUUAGCGAAUAGCAAACAGAGCCAAAUCUACAGACGAAUACAUAGAGAACAAGGAAGACAGAUAGAAAGAUAUCGACGGAUAUGGUGACGGAGAGUGAGAAGAAUGAUAACAAAAAAAUAAUAAAUUAUAAAAACUUACAAUACUUAUGCAAAUCUGAGGAAAGUUCCCUGCGUUGGUAAGUAAAGAAAUUAUACUGUAGAUACUACUCGUAUCGGUGUGAUUAAAGUAAGUAUAGGACAUAAAUAUAAAUAGAGUGGUACAUCGACAUACCAGAACUUUAAUAUACUAGUGUCUUGAGGUUCAAAGCCGUGUUUAUAUAAAUUUAUUAUGGGAGUUUGAGUUAAUUGCAAUGGGAAAAAUUGUAGACUUACAGACUUACAGACUAAUUAAAUUCUUAUACCGAGGUACCACUGCAGUAAACUGAUGAAUGUUAAAUUAGCUUGAAUCGUUUCUGGCACAAAAUUUUAGAAAUGUUUCAGAUGAUGGGAUAUGUAGGCUAUUAUCAGAUGUAAUGAUUCUUAAACGAAGCACAUUACGCAUCGACACAGUCAUAUCCCUUGUCUCAACACUUCAAAGCUAAACUAUUCCCCGCGGUAAACGCAAUCCGUACGCAGGGAAACCUUGUUUCCCAGUGCAGUUAACUUUCUGCAACCUGCAACCAAGCCUUUGCCAAUAACGGACACCCCGAAUACCAAUCAUAACAACAAUAGCGAUAAAUACGACACAAGCACAUUCAUUCUCGUGGAACUUUUUCCUCUAUUACUUACAAAUGAUCGUUCCAUCUGUCGAGCUGCCGAGACCACGGACAGAGAGGAACCUUUCCUAACUGAAGGUGAACGGUAGCGACACAAAAUGUUGAACAACGUAAAAAAAACGCAUACGUCCUCGACAAAAGAAACAUCCUUCCAUACACCCGUCCUUAUGUUCCUUUAUGAGGUCCACAUGGUACAAUACCGCUAGGGAGUGUGUAACCUAAUCUCACUAGCACGCAGCGGGAACGGUGUGUACUAUCUCCGCUGGGAUCAUACCGAUUCCAGCUGAGCUGAAAAAUGUACAAUUACACGAAAUUAGGGUUUGUUAAAUAAAAUGAAGAGUAAAGAAGAGAAUGAAAAAAAUGCAACACCAUUUCGAACGGAAUGUUAUUUAUCGCCCUUUUUUAAAAAACUCUAGUAGCGGGCGCGUUCAUCUCUCUUGGGAGGGUCAUUAAUUUUGACUGUCGCCUUUAAUUGUCGCCGAAUCUCAGUCGGGUUGGGCGCUAGUUAACAGUUUCUUCAAAUCCUAUUCUAUCCAUCCUUUUUUGUACCGCCGCGCUGCCGGCAGGUUUGUAUGCUUUUUUUUUGCUAAACUUAUUUUUUGUAUUAUUGCGAUUUGAUUUCUGCGCUCUCUAUGACACGGUUUUAAGUGACCUAACUGAUUAGCGAGUUCCCGAGACAUUACACUUAUCUAUAGGUGGUCCACGGGUGGAUCAGAGUUGCUUUCUGUUGUUGGUUUUUGUAAAGCCCGUUAAACUAUGUGAAGGAAAUAUUUAAAGCAUUCUAGAAAAAUGACAACAAAACUAUACUAGUGUACUAGAAGUAGACAAAAUUUUUUGAUAGGUGUCAAAUGGUCAUAACGCUAGUUAAUAGCUCGCUAACGAAGUCGCUACUAUUUAUCAUCUUUGCUUUUUUUCCUGCUUCUUGAUUACGCUGACACUAAUUUAAACACACCGAUAUUUGGCAAUGUAUCAGCAAUUUGAACUAUGACGGCCUGUCGCUAGAUUAAUGUCCUAUAUUGCGUUACUCUGGCGCCACGGUGACGGUUUCGAUAGGCCGCAAACCCGAUACCCUACAGCACCACUAUUAUUAUUAAUCGUUUUCGCACUGGCGAGAAGAAGAUAAAACGGUCACAAUUUGGCCCGACCACCAACGGCCGGGAGAUGGCGUUUGCUCAUUACGGAACACGUAUCAUUUUCUAAUGAGCCACCAACAUAGUCCUCCACGUCCCCUACCUCACUGAGUGAACAUGAUGAUAACAAUCGAACCAACGCCCGCAUCCAACAUCCCGCUCUACCAGGGAGGUCCUACUGUGUCACAACAUCCAGUCCAGCCAACGCAAGCGGUCCCAUGUUAGUGCGGUGUUUGUUUGCUGCCUUCUCAGCAAUCUCGGGGGAAAUUGUUUAGUUCGUUUUUGAGUGUUACUGCCUGCCUGGUUUGCUUUUUCCCCCUUGCACAUAUUUAUGCUAUUAUCGAGUUAAUAGGAAAGGCACUUGCGCGAUUUAAUACCCGCCUCCCCUUAAUAUCACACGGGAUAGUGCGAGGUUCAGUGCCUUCGUCACAUGGAUAUGGUUAUUAUAUUGCAUUUCCCCCUUUGUACAACAGGACUGCUCACUUUUGUCCCUUUAGGGAUCAGGGAGUUACAGCGUUGUCUGGUAACUGUCUUGGCGACGAUUAAUAUCCUCGCAUGGGCCUGCCUACCAAAGCUGCCUGCCAUUCACACAAGACUCGUACAUUUGUCAGGAAUGUACUGGCGGUAGUUACGCUUUAUCUUCUUGAUUGUAGCGAGUACCGACAGUUUGUCAAACAUGGUUGGGAUCAUUAUUUUUUACUCACUCGACUGGAACAAUUGAAGGUUUUUUUUUUUGGCUGAAACUAUACCGGGUCCUGCUUUGCAGACUAUACUCCAGAAUAUAUGAGAUAUCGUUAUGGUUAAGGUCAUCAGGUUCUUUGUGUGUUAUUUCGAUGCACUAAUAUUUCACCACACUUCUGCCAACAGAACAACACACAUUAACAAAUCACAAACAACUGAUAUAGACGUAAACAAGCUUUAACACAAGGUGUUAAUUACUUUUCGCUGUAUAGGGGCGAAACUGGAUCUCCGGUCCAAAUUUUAAUCAAUUGCUUUCUGUCGGAGCCUAGUGGGUUGCCGGAUGGCAAUCGGCCUACAUCAUCUCGGUUCGUGGAUUAUUUAUUGCACGGACAACGAAACGAAUUAUCUCUUCCGCCUCCAGCUUCUCGCUUCUCACCCAGCUUGCUCUAGCUCCAAUAACACAACAACCACAGAAAUACCACCGGACCAACAGUUCUGCCCUAAGUCCGAAGUGUUGGAGAUAGAUUUGUCUGCAUUCUUUAGCGGUACACGUCUAUUUAUGCGAUUUGUAGAUUAUAACCUAAGUAUCACCUAAAUUAAUAAUGGUACAGACUUCCAAAACUCUUUCAUUUUGGUGCGCCAGUGCAUAUUUGUGUGAAUUUCUUUGAAGUACUUUUCACAAGUUUGUAGCUAUAUCGGCCUAGAAUUAUUAUCUAUUUACGUUGUAAAACAGUGCAUAAGUUGCGAAUUCCAAAACGUAUCUAAAGCCGAAUAGACGAAUAUUGACAUUCUCUUUAUUUAAGUCCAUUUCCACGAAUACCGAAUACCUGUAGCGUUAUCAGCCAGUCAGGGGAACCACGAAGUUGCGGAAGAAAAACUUUCUUCUAGCCACGGGAAACUCAUCAACUCUAUGGUAUGGGAUAGGAGCCCCAUUUCUAAGUAAUUCAUUGCUACAUGAUCGAACCAAUACCACUAUAAAGCGUUUUCCUACUAAUCACAACACUGUUCAUGUUAUUAAAAAGCGUUUAUAUGCCUACAUUUUCCAUGUUCUAAAUCAGUGGUCCCCAACCUAUGGUCCGCAGAAGAAAUUUUCGGUCGUUGAACCGAUAAUUUUAACACUUUUUGUUUACCAAUUCAAGCGUUCUACGCUUCUCGAUGUGUCAGAGUGUGGUUAAUAUAAUUUUUGCUAAUGUUUUAUUUAAAAAAUCGCCUUAACAGCGGUGUACAUACAUAACGACUCUGUUCAUAGACGGCACAUGUGGGCCGCGAUAUACUUAUGUCGAACAAAAAGUGGUCCGCAGUACAAAAAAGGUUGGGGAGCACUGUUCUAAAUGUAAGAAACGACGAAGUGGUGCGAAGGGUUGUAGUUAAAUUGUUUUCAAAGAAGAUUUUUUCUUUCGUCUCCUCGCAGGAGCGAAUAGGGUGCGAAAGAAUAAGAAUAAGAGAAUUUGUAAGCCAACCGCUUCGCCAAUUAUAGUUGUGUAGGUGUGUCGUGAUAACGAAGCAGAAGAGAUAAUGAUAAUGAGCAAAAGAGAAAUAGUGAUCAGUGGCGAUCUGUACGGUUACAAAGCUUUUUUCAUUCGUCUCUCAAACAGGAGCGAAGUGUGUGCGAAAGGUAAGAUCGGGCGGCCGCUUCGCCAAUUGUAGUUGUAGGUGUGUAAUGAUAACGAAGCAGAAGCGAUAGUGACAAUGAGCAAAGGAGAGAUUGUGAUCAGUCGCGAUCGGACAGCGUCGGUUUAAGUAACGAAGAAAGGUUUCGGUAAUGAGCGGAAAGCGACGCCAUUGCUUUCUACACAGCACUUUUUGCAAAAUUCGUUUUUUGAUGCCAAAAAGUGCUGUAUUUUCUUAAACAAUGUUAUUUAAGUUGUAUUUAAGUAUUAAAGUAGUGAUUAAUACAACAAUUUGUGCAUGGAUGCGUUGUGAAAUAGUGAAAAACGUGGUUUUGAACAUGUACAAAUUGUACAAAGCGUUGGCUUGGGUUGUGUCAACGUAGGCGUGAUACUUGAUGUCGAGCGCAUUUACAUUUACAUGUACAUUUUUGAAAGUUCUAGUGAUGAUUCUGGUGAGCGCAGUUUGCUUUACGCUAACGCCAAAGUGGACGAGUAAAUGUACAAUCAGUGCAUGUACCAUGCGUGUUUGGCCGUAGGCCGUACCCUGCGUAGGCGAGCGUGUGUGUUGAAAUAUGUGUGUGCCUUUGUGCAGGACAAAAUAAAGGUAACAUGUUUUUGGUGAAAAAAGUUGUGUGCGUUUUCUAAUGAGCUUAAUGCGUGGAAUCAAAAAAAAAAUGUGGUCAUUGUAGGCGAGUGUGUUUUUUUAAUGUGACAUAGCUCAUUGAAGUGUGUUUAUGUGUCUAUGCAUGAAAAAAUGAAGUGCGUGUGUGAAAUAAAGAAAAUAGAAUAAAAAAAAGAAAAGAAAAGAAAAUAAAAAGAAAAGUGUGUUAUUUUUUGUUUGUGUGUUUUAAAAGUUUGUGUGUAUUUAUGCAUGAAAAA